AUGUUCAAARGCGAGGUGAAGGCGGACAGCGAGCGGCUGUCCAGGAAGGUUCGGUUCCGCGUGGCGUCCUCGCACAGCGGGCGGGUGCUGAAGGAGGUUUAUGCCGAUGGCGAGGCCACCGACUCGCUGGACUCYGAGUACGCCAGCAGCUCCGAGACCGACCAGACCAGCCGGCUGAGCGAAGUGGAUGGGCAGCACAACGGAUACGUGGGGUCGGAGUGUGAUGAAAAUGAGAACGAGCAGGAUGACUUGCUCAUUUUAGUCAGAGCCAAUAAAGAGAAGGGGUUUGGUACAAAGAGAGUCAACAUCCUCAGCAAAAAUGGCACAGUCAGGGGAGUCAAGCAUAAAGUCAGCGCUGGUCAAGCCCUUUUUGACAAUUUGGCAAAAGUAUUUCAGCAACCCAUGUCAUCCCUAGAGUUUGGACGCAUAAUAAUUUAUACUACCAGUCUUCGUGUUGUGAGAACCACUUUUGAAAGAUGCGAACUGGUUAGAAAGAUCUUUCAAAAUCACAGAGUUAAGUUUGAAGAAAAAAACAUUGCUCUGAAUAGUGAUUAUGGAAAGGAACUAGAGGAAAGAUGCAGAAGAGUCUGCGAACUUCCCUCACUCCCUGUUGUGUUUAUUGAUGGCCAUUAUCUUGGGGGUGCUGAGAAAAUUUUACUAAUGAAUGAAUCUGGGGAACUGCAGGAUCUCUUAACCAAAAUCGAGAGGGUGCAGCAGCCUGAAGAGUGCCGCUCUUGCGGGGGCUUUGGCUUCCUGCCGUGCUCAGCGUGCCAUGGGAGCAAGAUGUCAGUGCUCCGCAACUGCUUUACGGACUCCUUCAAAGCACUCAAGUGCACUGCUUGCAAUGAGAAUGGGCUACAGCGCUGCAGCACCUGUGCAGGCUAA